AGGAUCCUAUGAAGAAAGAGAUGUUAACCAAAGGCCUGUCCCAGGCGUGGCCCCAAUAAGGGAAAGGGACCGGCACAUAUUGCGAAGAGAGAGCCGAGUAACAAUCCAGUUGACUUGACUCUGUCUGGAUCGUGGAAGACGCUGACAGCUGCCCCAAAGCUGAAAAGCAUUGUGGAGGACUUUCUCCUGGGAUAUGAUGUGCACUACGAGCCCAGCCGCCCGAGGCCCUGGCUUAUCUGACGUGCAUCAGUACAGCCAAUGGCUGACCAUCCGACAUGAGGCUGACCUGCUGCCUAUGAAGGAAGAUUUGGCCCUGUGGCUUACAAACCUCCUUGGGAAGGAGAUCACAACAGAGACCUUCCUGGAGAGGCUGGAUAACGGGGUGCUACUUUGCCAGCUUGCAGAAUCCCUGCAGAAUAAAUUCAAGGAGAAAUACCUGGACACCAAGAAGCAGGAGAAGAGUCUGUCUUCAAAUAGGAUCCCCUGCAGAGUCAAUGCUCCAUCCGGCUCCUUCUUUGCCAGAGAUAACACCGCCAAUUUCCUAAAGUGGUGCCGGAGUAUCGGAGUAGGAGACACUUGCCUGUUUGAGUCUGAAGAUCUGGUGCUUCACAAACAGCCCCGGGAAGUUUGCCUGUGUCUGUUGGAGUUGGGGAGAAUUGCAUCCAGGUUUGGAAUUGAGCCUCCUGGAUUAAUAAAGCUUGAGAAGGAGAUUGAACAAGAAGAAAUCCUCUCAAACCCGACCCCAUCACCAUCUCCUUCUCCCACCAAGUCACCUGGGAAGAAGAGCACCGGGAAGCUUUUAGAUGACGCGGUGCAGAAAAUUUCUGAAGACCCGCCGUGCAACUGUCCCAAUAAGUUUUGCAUAGAACGUCUUUCUCAAGGAAGGUACAAAGUUGGAGAGAAAAUCCUCUUUAUCCGGGUAAAGUAUUUGCAUUUUUAUGACCUGAGACAGUUGUCAUGUUGA